AUGAACGCGACCGAUAGCAGAGCUGGUGAUCAGAAUGGCAGAGACGGGGAGGAGAAGAAGGAUGCGGCCCCGGCAAAGGUGUCCCUGCUCGGCAUGUUUAGGUACGCGGACCGCCUGGACAUUCUGCUCAUGGCGGUGGGCACGGUGGCGGCCGUGGCCAACGGCGUGGCGGAGCCCCUUGUGUCCCUCCUAUUCGGCAAAGUCAUCGACUCCUUCGGUGACAGCACCGUGCAGAACAUCCUCCGAAGCGUCAGCAAGGUUGUUCUGGAUUUCGUAUAUUUGGGCAUCGGAGCAGCUGUUGUCUCAUUCCUUCAGGUGUCAUGUUGGACGAUGGCAGGAGAAAGGCAGUCAGCCCGAAUCCGUUCUUUAUACUUAAAUGCAGUCCUGAGACAAGACAUUGCAUUCUUCGAUACAGAGUUGACAACAGGCCAAGCGGUCUCUAGAAUGUCAAGCGAUACCCUAGUGAUCCAGGAUGCUCUCGGAGAGAAGGCAGGAAAGAUUCUACAACUCUCUUCUUCCUUUUUUGGUGGUUUUGUAAUAGCAUUCACAAGAGGCUGGCUCCUCACCCUUGUCAUGCUAACAUCGCUACCACUAAUUGCUAUCGCUGGUGCAGUUUCUGCUCAGUUUCUAACCAAGGUUUCCAGCAAGAAACUGACAUCUUAUGGAGAUGCUGGGGACACAGUUGAACAGACCAUAGGGGCUAUUCAAACGGUAGUUUCCUUCAAUGGAGAGAAAAAAGCCAUCGCAAUGUACAGAAAAUUUAUAAAGAAGGCAUACAGGACUGAUAUUUUGGAAGGCCUUAUCAAUGGUUUUGGCAUGGGAUCUGUAUUUUGCAUCAUGUUCUCCAGCUAUGGCCUAGCUUUCUGGUAUGGUGGAAAGCUAAUCGUAGACAAAGGCUAUACUGGUGGGAAGAUUAUCACAGUUUUACUUGCUGUGUUAACCGGUGCAGCGUCUUUAGGUAGUGCAACACCCUCUGUUUCUUCAAUUGCUCAGGGUCAAUCUGCAGCGUACAGAUUGUUUGAAACGAUUGAGAGGAAGCCAGAGAUAGAUUCAGGUGAUACCAGUGGUAUCGUUUUAGAAGAUAUGAAGGGUGAUGUUGAACUAAAAGAUGUUCACUUUCGCUACCCUGCAAGACCUGAUCAACUGAUAUUACAUGGAUUAUCAUUGCAAGUAGCCAGUGGGACCACAAUGGCCAUAGUUGGAGAGAGUGGAAGUGGCAAGUCAACUGUCAUCAGCCUAGUUGAACGAUUCUACGAUCCACAGGCUGGAGAAGUUUUGAUAGACGACAUUAACAUCAAGAAUCUAAGGCUUAGUUGGAUAAGACAGAAGAUCGGUCUGGUCAGCCAAGAACCACUGCUCUUCAUGACCUCCAUUAAAGAUAACAUAAUGUAUGGUAAAGAAGACGCAACACUUGAAGAGAUCAAGAGAGCAGCUGAGCUUGCAAAUGCAGCAAAUUUCGUAGAUAAGUUACCAAAUGGCUAUGAUACAUUGAUUGGGCAACGUGGUGCACAGCUUUCUGGAGGACAAAAGCAAAGAAUUGCAAUUGCAAGAGCCAUCCUUAAAGAUCCAAAAAUACUUUUGCUCGAUGAAGCAACAAGUGCGUUGGACGUGGAAUCUGAGAGGAUAGUUCAGGAGGCACUGAAUAGGAUAAUGGUGGAAAGGACCACACUCGUUGUCGCUCAUCGUCUGAGCACCGUAAGGAAUGUUGACUGCAUAACUGUUGUUCACCAAGGGAAAAUAGUUGAACAAGGUCCUCAUGAUGCACUGGUGAAGGAUCCUAAUGGGGCUUACUCCCAGCUUAUAAGCAACAGAUAUUCCUUCAAGAACCCCAUAGGAUUGUCAGUUGAGUUGCAUGAAGAUCAGAUCACAGGUGAACAGAAAACAGAAGAGCUCUCUGAUGUUGUGGUGCUUAAGAAAGCACCAAUUGGGCGUCUUUUUAAGCUUAAUGUGCCAGAAGUGCCAAUUCUUCUGUUAGGCUCUAUAGCAGCAACAGUGCAUGGAGUUAUUUCCCCAUUAUUCAGUAUAUUAAUGUCUGGUGUUAUAAAAUCGUUCUAUGAACCACCAGAUAAGCUCAGAAAGGAUACUAGCUUUUGGGCAUUGAUAUCUGUCGUUCUGGGAGUUGCAAGUUUGAUUUCAAUUCCAGCAGAAUAUUUUUUGUUCGCGGUUGCUGGAGGAAAGCUUAUAGAGCGUAUUCGUACUUUGUCAUUUCAAAGCAUUGUGCACCAAGAAGUUGCUUGGUUUGAUAAUGCCUCAAAUUCCAGUGGGGCACUUGGUACAAGGCUCUCAGUUGAUGCAUUAAAUGUCCGGCGCUUAGCAGGAGAUAACUUGGCCCUUAUAGUGCAGUCUAUAGCUUCAUUAACAACUGGAUUUGUCAUAGCUUUUGCGGCAGACUGGAGGCUUGCACUGAUCAUCACAUGUGUAAUUCCUUUGGUGGGUGCACAGGGUUAUGCUCAAGUGAAGUUUUUGAAGGGGUUUAAUGAAGAUGCUAAGGAGAUGUAUGAAGAUGCAAGUCAAGUUGCAACAGAUGCUGUCAGUAGUAUCAGAACUGUAGCAUCUUUCUGUGCCGAGAAAAGAGUAGUCACAACAUACAAUGAGAAAUGUGAAGCUCUUAGGAAACAGGGAAUUCGAAGUGGAAUUGUUGGAGGACUUGGCUAUGGCUUCUCGUUCUUAAUUUUGUAUUUCACGUGUGGCCUUUGUUUCUAUGUUGGUGCACAGUUUGUACGUCAAGGAAAAACUACAUUCCCAGAUGUUUUUAGGGUUUUCUUUGCCUUGUUUUUGGCAGCUGCUGGGGUUUCACAGGAGAGUGCACUGGCCUCAGAUGCAACCAAGGCAAGGGAUUCAGCUAUUUCCAUUUUCAGUAUUCUGGAUAGGAAGUCAAAAAUUGACUCAAGCAGUGACGAUGGGAUGACACUGGAGAAUGUCACUGGCAACAUCAAUUUCAACAAUGUCAGUUUCAAAUACCCUUCACGCCCUGAUGUCCAGAUAUUCAGUGACUUUACCUUGCAGAUUUCUUCCGGAAAGACAGUGGCACUUGUUGGAGAGAGUGGUAGUGGCAAGUCCACAAUAAUUGUUUUACUGGAGCGUUUCUAUGACCCUGAUUCUGGUAGAAUCUCACUAGAUGGCGUUGAAAUUAAGAGUUUAAAAGUAAGCUGGCUAAGGGAUCAAAUGGGGCUAGUAGGCCAGGAGCCACUGCUUUUCAAUGACACAAUUCGUGCCAACAUAACAUAUGGGAAACAUGGUGAUGUAACAGAGGAAGAGGUCAUGGCUGUAGCCAAGGCAGCCAAUGCCCAUGAGUUCAUAUCAAGCCUGCCUGAAGGAUAUGACACAGUGGUAGGCGAGAAAGGAAUUCAGCUGUCUGGUGGGCAGAAACAACGGGUAGCUAUUGCAAGGGCCAUAAUCAAGGAUCCUAAGAUACUACUCCUUGAUGAGGCAACCAGUGCCCUUGAUGCUGAAUCAGAGCGCAUUGUUCAAGACGCAUUGGACCGAGUCAUGGUCAGCCGUACCACCAUUGUGGUGGCACACCGCCUCUCCACGAUCAAAGGGGCUGACAUGAUUGCUGUCCUCAAGGAAGGCAAGAUUGUAGAGAAAGGAAGACAUGAAGCCCUGAUGCGCAUCAAUGGUGGAGCCUAUGCUUCCCUAGUAGAGCUCCGCUCGAAAUCUGAAUAG